AUGGACAAACACAUGCAGAUCAUGAAUAAGGAAGCGAAGAGGAAUGCGUCCAGAGGGCUGGAACUGGUCAGUUGCUCCAGGGCAAGAACACGGCAGCUGGCAGACCUUUCGGAGGAGAUGAUAAUGGAAAUCUUGCUGAGGCUUCCGACAAGGACGCUUGCUUCCCUAAAGAGCGUGUGCAGGUCAUGGAGAAACCUCAUUUCAACCCCUGACUUCACCCGCAAGCACCUUCGUCGUUCAUGCUUACGCGAUUCAAGCCUGACUCCGCCACGGAUUUUUUAUUGCACUCACGAUGGUUGGUAUGGUGGUAUCGAAUCUUUCUUCCAGCCGUCAAUGUUGGACAAUCCUUCGAAACCUACUAAAGUCGCUCGCUUCAGUAGGGGAGGCUACAGAAUCGUUGGUUCUUGCCAUGGAUUGUUAUGCUUCUUUGAUAGCGAUGCUGAUCACCACAUCCAUGCCAUCUUGUGGAACCCCUGUACCGGAUUCAUAUUCCAAUCACCGCAAAUCAACGGCAGAUCCUACUUUUCUGGCUUUGGUUACGACCAUCUCAGUGACACCUAUAAAUUUUACGCAACGAUAACGAAGAAAGUGGCAUCUGGUGUUGAAUCUAGUGCCAGAAUUUAUACAUUUGGACCAACUUCGUCUUGGAGAAGAAUUGAUGAUAUCCCAUCUACCCUACUUUGUCCCCGAACAGUUUACGAUCCUUGUAUGGCUGAUAAUUUGAAAGGGGUAUUUUUAAGUAGUGGCAAUGCAUGCACUAUUAAUUGGUGUGUUUAUGAUGUGGUUCUUUAUUUUGACUUGGGUAAAGAGACUUAUGGUCGUUUUACCCUGCCUGAUAGGGAUUCAAAUAAUGGUUAUUCCUGGACUCACUGCACCAGCUUAUAUGUCUUGAGAGACUGCCUUUCUGUUUGUUAUAGGAAAACACAACGUUGGAUUGUGUGGCAGAUGAAGGAAUACGGAGAAGCUAAAUCUUGGACUCCAUUGGCAACGAUUCCUUUUCAUCCGCAACUGUAUGAUCCUUUACAACCUCUCUACAUCUCAGAAAGCGAUGUGCUUUUUGUCAUGUCUCGAUCUUUUAAAUUAGUCUUGUGUAACUUAAACGAUGGCAGCAUAGAUUUUUCCAUGAUUGACAGCUGCUCUAAUGGCAUGGAGUUCUGUCUUUAUCUUUCUCAAUAUUCAAGUUUUAGAAUGGCUUAUAUUUUCCAUGAAAGCUUAGUUUCACCCAAUGGUCUUCAAAGUAACUCAUCCAAAAUGCUGCUGCACUUCAUCAAGUCUGAACCCAAACCCAAACCCAAUCUUAGUUUCACUUGGUGA